AAUCUGGGGAAGUACUAAAUCUACAUACGCUGCAACAGCAAAGUAGGCCGAUUUAUCAAACUUUACCGAAGUCAUUAUUUUAAUUCGCGAAACGCUACUAGCGACUAUUUGUUUUUAACUUCGACUAGUUUUGUUGCUGACAAUGUCUACUUUCAACAGAGGUCCUGCUUAUGGGUUUUCAGCGGAAGUAAAAAGUAAGAUUGCACAGAAGUAUGACUCCCAGAAAGAGGAUGAAUUACGAAUUUGGAUUGAAGACAUUACAGGGCGGUCAAUCGGAGAUGACUUCCAGAAGGGUUUAAAAAAUGGUGUCAUACUCUGCGAGCUCAUCAACAAACUUCAGCCAGGGUCUGUGAAAAAAAUCAACCAAUCAUCCCAGAAUUGGCAUCAGCUGGAGAACUUGACUAACUUCAUCAAAGCAAUCACAACAUAUGGUCUCAAACCUCAUGAUAUUUUUGAAGCCAAUGAUCUAUUUGAGAGCGGAAAUAUGACACAAGUUCAGACCACCCUUCUGGCUCUUGCCAGCAUGGCAAAAACCAAGGGAAGUCACUCAAGUGUUGAUAUUGGAGUGAAGUAUGCAGAGAAACAGGAGAGGGCAUUUGAUGAGGAGAAAAUGAAAGCUGGGCAAUGUGUUAUUGGACUACAGAUGGGAACAAAUAAAUGUGCUAGUCAAGCUGGAAUGAAUGCAUAUGGCACCAGAAGGCAUCUCUAUGAUCCCAAGUCACACAUUCUCCCACCAAUGGACCACUCAACCAUCAGCCUUCAAAUGGGAACAAACAAGGGUGCAAGCCAAGCUGGCAUGACGGCACCUGGGACCCGUCGUGCAAUCUAUGACCAGAAAAGUGGCACUGACAAGUGUGACAACUCCACCAUGUCCCUGCAAAUGGGCUACACUCAAGGGGCCAACCAGAGCGGGCAAAACUUUGGGCUAGGCCGCCAAAUCUACGAUGCCAAGUACUGCCCCAAAGGUGUGCCAAGCGCAACUGGAGAAGGGGCUGAUGGUGCUGGCUAUGUAGAUUGCCAUGAUGAGGAGUACCAGGGUUACCAGGAUGAUGGUCAAGAUUAUUGAAUUGACCAAUCACAGGCUCUAAGUCCAAAUAAGAAGCUAAAGGGAAGUUAGCACUUCCUUGCAAACAAGACCCAAAACAUGCCUUUACACCACAGUAAAUGUGGUGCUGUGGAAAAUAGAUUCUCUAUGAAAGUGACCAAUAGAUAACAUAUCACUUGUUAAGUAUAUUGAUGUUCUUUUUAUAAACCGUUUGUUUUUUUUUCAAUUUUGAUCUAGAGCCCUACAAAACAUAUCACUUAAGUGUUAUAUCUAUUGAUACUACUUGUAUUUUAUAUGGUUUGAAUUGCACAACCACUAUAAUAAUAUUUAGUGUUUGCUUAAUUGUCAGUUUAGUUUUUAUGUAUCUCUACUUGGAACAUAAUAAGGAAAGGGGAUUACUGUAAAGUUAUUCACAAUCUCAAAACGCAGAAUUAUUUUCUUUGUUCAAGCUGCCAAAAUUAAACUGAUGUAAAGAAAUUUUAUAUUAUGUAUGGACAAGAGUGUAAUUGGAGCCGGAUUCAUUAAUUGAAUAUAAAGCAUGCUCGGAGCUUUAAAAUUCUCUUCAAAAUGCUUUUUUACUCCGUUGAACAUUUGAAGUUGAAUAUUAGCUCUUACAGUUAAAGUAAUGACUGUUUUUAAAUAGGGUAGAUUUAGUUAUGGUGAAUGUGGUCCAUUGUCAUAUUUUAAUAGCCUAUUUCCCCAGUUCUAUUUAAUAUCAUGUUGUUAUGCUGAAAAGUGUGAACGCAUACCUGAGAUGCACAAAAAGGAUGUUUUUACCUAUCAUUUCAGCAGCAUUUAUGAGUCCUGAUUUUGACAUUCCAAAUCUUAUACUUCCUCAGUUGGUGUGAGGAGAUGUGAAUGUGGUUUACACUUAUUGUCUUGGACGUUAAAGUCUCAUAUGCAAUAUGAUAUUUGUAUAAUGUGUCCUUUUAUACUCACUUUUAUUUGUUUCUUUAAGAUAUGUCUAAAUGAAAUAUUUCUCUUUAUAGAGCCAGAUGAACUGGAGAGCCUUGUUUUCUUUGGAUUAUAUUAUGUGAAAGGAUAUUGAAGUAGAACAUUCCAAAUUAGGAACUGGAUUCACUACAUUCUCAUUUCACAGUAUUUGAAAAUUUUUUAUAAAUUCCUGAAGUGACACUUCUCAUUCCUAAUAACUGGUCAAUAAAAGUCAAAGUUUUGCUUUUGUAUUAGAUGUCUGUUGUUUUUAUUUUGAAUAUUGUGGGUGUAGUAAAGACAGGGCUUUUAAUAAAAUAUGUGUUAU